AAUGCCACAACCUUCAUAUCCUCCGGGGUUGGCAGAUUGGUGCCUUCCUUUCGACGAAAAUCUUCCUAAAGAAAUCGCAACUCAUUUUAUCGCUCUUCCAGUAAAACGUUACGAUGAAAUACCUGAAUUUUUGUAUUCCGUACCGGAUCUUCUUAAUAAACCGAGCGACGCAUUCACGGCUUAUACCACAAGUCUUAAAUUAAUAUCAGAACAAGUAAUCACGCCAAUCGGAGUUUGUAAUUACUGCCAAGAGUUGAGCAAGUUUGUAAAGGGCCCCAAUCGAAAAAAUACUUUUCUCGAAAAUGUUGAAAAAGCUCGAAGAUAUCUCCAGAAAGAAGGGUUUGCUGGAAGAGUAGAAGGUGAUGUGUUGGAAGUUUUUGAGGGAGUACGUGAAAAUGUUGCGUCGGAACUAAGAGAGAUAGUUCAAAAACCUUCUACGUCUUUUCUACCGAAAAAACGUGCGCGUGAUACACAAGAAAGAGAACUUGAUGUUGUGAAUGAAGAUUUGGUGAAUUCCGUGAUCGAUGCUUCCGAUGUUUUCGGAAAAGUAACUUUUCCGUCAUACUAUAACAAACUUAAAACUAUCUGGAAAACUCGAGAUUCCGAGUCAAAUUUUUACGUACUCGAUUUAGGAGAUGAAGACACAUGGAAACAGGUAUAUAGACUUUUGGAUGAGGGUGAAUUGGAUUCGUUGUAUGAAAGGUUAAUAUUGGAAGAUGAAGAAAAAUUCAUAAGUGAAAAGACACAUGAGUAUUUAGCGUUUUUUGAUGAUAUUGUACCUGCUCAAUCAAAGGGAAACGAAGCGGUUGAUAGUUAUCUUGUGGACGAAAGUAAUAACGAGAAUAUAGAAGAAAACAAUGAAGUGGAGAAAAUAGUAUAUCAAUUGGGCAGUGUACCCGAAAAAUAUCACUAUUUAUCCAACUUCUUUCCUAUUCCGGCGGACUAUGAACAACCCAAAAUGCCUGAUUUAUUUAUUGUCAAGAAUAUCUCCAACCAUUUUGACAUCAUCACAAAAAUGAAUGGUGCCAUGAAUAAGACUCCUGAGCGGACAUGGACGGCCCAUGUAUUAGCAUACAUUUUUUUUAUCACUUUUUGUUUUAUUGACUCGUCGCAGUAUUUUUCAUGUGAAAGAGACAUAUCUACAAAGAUCGAUAUUCAAGAUAACGGCUAUAAAGCCGAUGGAGUAUUAGAGCUUUUCGAGCGACCCAAGCAAAUUCCAUUGUUUUUGCUUGAAGUGUCGGAAGGGCCUAAUAACCCAGAUCCAGACAAGAUUAAUGAUGAUAGGCAUAAAUUACUGAACGAGGGUGUCUUUGGCCUUAAUAAAUUUAUGUUGAGUACCGAAUUACCAAAAUUGGAAGUGUGCGAAACACUGGGGAUUUUCUUAGCCCAAGCAUUUGCUGAUAAAAUUGAGAUUGGCCAGUUAAUAUUUAUUGGUCCUGGUUUAUAUCUUUUUGCACCAUUUACAAUCCCAGUUCUUACGAUCCCAACUUCCGAUACCGAUCUAAAUCAUGUACCUAGACUUAUUAGAACACUUUUAUGCUUACGAUACAAUAUUGUUGAAAAGAUCAAAAGGUUUAUAGAGUUUAGAAAGGAAGGACAAGAAAACAUAACGAUGUCCAAGCCCAAGUAUGCAACUGGAUUCACACCAGGACGGCGAAAUGCUGUGACGUUUGCAGAAUUUCUGCCAAAAAUAUCGAGAGGAGAAGGAAAGAAUGUGAAUGGUAGGGGGAGAAGUCGCAGUAGAGGCCGUGGUAGGGGUUCUGCAUGA